CAAGACAAAACUGUUUAUUUUGAUUUUAAUGCAAGCUCAAAUCCACUAUGAACUUGAAGACAGCUACGAACAUGGCGACGACAGUGUGGAAUACAUUUUGGAAAAUGCUUUGAUGCCUAACGACGACAGCAUAGAAUUCAGACACCUGUUGGAGGAAUACCAUUCUCAGCUCACAUUUUCUUGUGACUGUAAGAAUGAUUGUACUAGUUGUUGUCACGGUGCCAGCUAUAAAUAUAACGACCAGAAAAAAGAAUUAAUUUUACAGGAGCAGCAACCCGCUAUCAUUGAAUGCAACGAUCUGUGUACAUGUCGGAGACAGCCUAAUCUUUGCAAGAAUCGACGAGUGCAGUACGGCCCACGCAAGCAACUAGAAGUUUUUGAUUCUCGACGCUACAACUCAAAAGGAGUACGCACUAAUGUUGAUAUCCUAAAAGGCUCAUUUAUUUGUGAAUAUGUUGGAGAGCUUCUCACCAUCACUGAAGCAAGGCGUCGCCUGGAGAAUGUUGACAGAGAUAAAUUAAUGAAUUACAUUUUGUGUCUUCGGGAAUUCAGCAAAGCAAAGGACCUCAGUGUGAACCCAUCUCAGACAACCAUUGUAGAUCCAACGUGUCGAGGAAAUAUUGGACGCUAUUUGAAUCACAGCUGCAAUCCGAACUGUGAGAUUUUAGCAGUUCGAAUAAAUAGCCCCAUACCAAAGAUAGGAAUCUUUGCGAAGCGCGAUAUAGUUGCUUUAGAGGAGUUGUGCUUUCACUAUGGUGGUGGAGAAGAUGGGCCACAAGAAAGCUUUUCCAAGAGAAUUAUGUGUCGAUGCGCCUCAUUAAAUUGUAGCGGGUUUAUGCCAAACUCUAUAAUUUAA